UUUUCACUUCCAAUCAUGGUGCCGCCGCCGUCAUAACAACAAAAAGUUGAAAAACUGUUUUUCUGCGUAAAUUUGGCUAAUUUAACUUGACAAAAGUACACCAAACAAAUGCUCAGUUGUGGGACAUUCUUUAGAUCGUUGAGAUUAAACAGAAUCGCGAAACGCUCUGGGCGGAGGACGGUUUGUGCGGGUGGAACAUUUGACCUGCGUCAAAAAAGUGAUUAAAAGUGUUGAUUUAUCUCGGCAAGUGCCGAAUUGAUAAGGAUUUAGAAUAAUACGUGGAGGUGAAAAAGUACCGCAAAGAGUGCAUUCUAACUACGUGGAACUUGCUUAAAAUUUUCUGCUGCUAAAAAAGGAAAAACUUCAGCUUAACAAACAAAAUUGUGCACGCAGAGCAGAUCUCAUAAAUAUUUACAUAUUUGCGCAGUUUUUUUUUUAUCUUUUGGAAAGACCGCAGUCCGAACCCAAAUGGAGGAGAAGUGAUUUGAUUUUUUGGAUAACUUAACUGAGGAAAGACAAUUGUCAAAAAACGGGAUUGCAAAAUGGUCCGGAUCCGACGAAAGUUGGCCUUGAUCCUGACCGGGGUAACACUGUUUGUGUUUCUGAUGCUGUAUGUCAUCUUGAACCAUUCGAUGCCCGCGGAGAAACCGAGUCACGACUUCCUGCUGCUGGAGGACAAAAUCAAGGAGCUGGAGACGGGGCUGAACAAGCAUCGGCGUGAGUUUGGCGACAUGAAGCACCAGCUGGACACGAUCCGUUCGAAAAGUGGCGCAAACCCGUUGGAUACCGACUACGAACUGGACAAGGUGCCGGCGGUGGCCGCUCCGGCUUUGGGGAACCGCGAGAUGGUUAAAGAUUCGGUGAUAAGUGCCAAUCGGGAUGGAAGUUGCUCGUUGCGGACGGAUGUGGUGCCGCAGGUUGAUGUUCAGAUGUUGGAGCUUUACGAGAAGACGCCUUUUGACAAUGUGGAUGGGGGGCCGUGGAAGCAGGGUUGGAGGAUCAGCUACGAUGAGAAGCACUGGAAUCAGCACCACAAGUUGAAGGUGUUUGUGGUGCCGCACUCGCACAAUGACCCAGGGUGGAUUCAUACCUUUGAGGAGUAUUACGAGCGGCAGACGAAGCAGAUAUUUGCCAACAUGUUGCGGCAUUUGGAGGAAAAUCCGGCGAUGAGGUUUAUUUGGGCUGAGAUCAGUUAUUUUGCACGUUGGUACGACAAUUUGGUACCCCAGCAGAAGGACGUGGUGAAGAAGUUAGUUCGGAACGGACAGCUGGAGUUUGUGACCGGCGGGUGGGUCAUGCCGGACGAGGCUAACUCGCACUGGUACGCAAUGUUGCUGCAGUUGACCGAGGGUCAGACGUGGCUCAAGACGCGGUUGAACGUGACGCCGACCUCGUCCUGGUCGAUCGAUCCUUUUGGACAGUCGCCGAGCAUGCCGUACAUCUUGAAGAAGAGCGGAUUUGACAAUCUGUUGAUCCAGCGAACGCACUACAUCGUGAAGAAGAACUUGGCGUUGAAGCAGCAGUUGGAGUUCCGUUGGCGCCAGUUGUGGGACAGCACCGGGGAGACGGAGUUGCUGACGCACAUGAUGCCGUUCUACUCGUACGAUAUUCCGCACACGUGUGGUCCGGACCCGAAGAUCUGCUGCCAGUUUGACUUUAAGCGAUUGCCCAACUUUGGAGUGUCCUGUCCGUGGCGCGUUCCGCCGCAGCCAAUCACCGACGAAAAUGUAUCGAAAAAGGCCGAGCUGAUUGUGGACCAGUGGCGUAAAAAGUCCGUCCUGUACAAGACGCGGUCGGUGUUGAUCCCGCUCGGUGACGACUUCCGGUACACGCAGAGCAAAGAGUGGGAAGCCCAGCGGGUCAACUUUGAAAAGCUGUUCGAUCACAUCAACGCGGAACCGGCGUUCAACGUGGAGGCCAAGUUCGGCACACUUCAGGAGUACUUUGACUCGAUUCGGGCGGCACAACCGCUGGACAAGUUCCCCACCUUGAGCGGUGAUUUCUUCACUUACGCCGAUGUCAACGAGGACUACUGGAGUGGUUAUUACACAUCUCGGCCGUACCACAAGCGGCAGGAUCGGAUAUUACUUGGUUAUCUUCGGAGCGCGGAGAUGCUACACGCGUGGCACACCUGGGACGGAGAAGGUGAGGGUGAACUCGCGCAACGUCUUCAGUACGCGCGUCAGCAGCUUGCGCUGUUUCAACAUCACGAUGGGAUCACCGGAACGGCCGAUAACCACGUUGUUGAGGAUUACGCCCAGCGAAUGUCUAAGGCGAUUGAGGAGUGCAAGUUCGUGAUGCAGCAAGCGGUCUAUAGACUGCUCACGCGACCUUCCGUGUACCAGGCGGAUCCCAAGUUCUCGUACCUUAGUAUCGACGACGCCCGCACGGUAGACGGUUCGGACUCGUUCCGGCCAACGAUAAUUAUCGGCGAUGAACUGCCGAUAAAGCACGUCGUGGUGCACAACUCACUGCCCGUCCAUCGCCAAGAACUGGUCGAAGUAUAUUUGGGCAGACCGUUCGCCACGGUUCAAGACUCGCGCGAUGGCUCAACCGUACCGGCUCAAAUCGCUCCGGUUUGGUCGUGGCACACGCGUCCGGAUGGUGUCAGCACUCCCCAAGCCUCAACCACCAAGUACCGGCUCGUGUUUCGAGUUUCCGUUCCUCCGAUGGGCCUCGUAGUGUACACGAUCAACGCGCGAAACCGCGUACAAGACAGCGAAGGAGUGUCGUACGCAAAGGUUACAAUCCUCUCCCGAACUCCGUUCACGAUCAACCUGCGAGACUACCCUGAACUCCCGGAGUUUGGUGAACCGCGUGAAACCUCACUUAAAGUUGGUGAAAGCGGCCCCGGAGCAUCAUUCAACGCCAACGGACUGCUGAAGUCACUCUCGGUAGACUCGAACACCGUCCCAGUUCAUCUGGAAUUCCUCAAGUACGGAAUGCGUUUCGGCCAUGGGAAGAGCGGAGCUUACCUGUUCCACCCGGACGGUCCCGCCACCAAACUUCCCCUCGGAGACCCCGUCAUCCUGAUCGUCAAAGGUCCGCUGGAAGCCAGCAUCACGACCGGUCUUCCGUUCACGAACCACCAAGCGGUUCUGCGUGGCGGAGCGCUCGAGUUGCGCAACCUGGUGGACAUUGGAAGCCGCGAAAAUACCGAAAUCGUGAUGCGACUCUCGACCACGAUCGACAGUGGCGAGCUUUUUUACACCGAUCUCAACGGGAUGCAGAUUAUCAAGCGGAAGCGGAUGGACAAGCUGCCACUGCAGGCCAAUUAUUACCCGGUGCCGUCGGCGAUGUUUAUUCAGGACGAGAACCUGCGGCUGACGAUCCUCGGUGGGCAGCCGCUGGGCGGAUCAAGCUUAAAGUCCGGAGAGAUGGAAAUCAUGCAGGACCGGCGCCUUUCGCAGGACGACGACCGCGGCCUGGGUCACGGCGUCCUCGACAAUCUCCCCGUGCUGCAUCUGUUCCGGCUGGUGCUGGAGAGUCGCGAACCGUGCACCAAGCUCGAUCCGGGCUAUCCGGCCGCCUUCCUGACGGCCAGUGCCCACGCCGAGCUGCGAUCGCUGUUGCACCCCCCGGAAAAGCUCAUCUUCAACGAAAACGAGUGGACCGGGCUGGUGCCGAGCUAUGGCGCUAACCACGAACCGCUCGACCGGGACAUGGAGCUGGUGGCGAUGCGAAGCUUACCGCACGUUAAGCUGGGCAAGGACCGUCGGCCGACGAUCGGGCUCGUCGUUCAUCGGACAAACCUGGAGGAUUGCGGAUCGGAAGCGAGCGGGGAAGGAAAUCUGAGCAUCAAAAAGUUGCUCAACCUGGACGAUGGCCACGAGGUGUAUGCCUCACCGUUGACGCUGCUGCGCCGCCAGGAGCCGGUGUCCGCCGACGACCUGAACCUGUGCCCGAUGGACACCAAGGCGUUCAUCAUUCAGCGAUGAAUACUUUUUUGUGACGCAAAGUGGUGCGAAUGGUAGGUUUUAAGAACGAUGAGACACGCUUUAAAGGGAGAUAAAAUUCCGCUAAAUACCGAAAGGAGCAAACCAAUAAUUUAUUGUGACCGGAAGUUCUUUAAGCUAGAAAAAAAAACUGCAUUUUCGCAAGCGUCCGCAAGUUUACCUGAAUCAAAGCAAAGUUUAUUAAAAUUUGCGCGCAGUUUGUGAGACGAGUAGGUGCGAUUGAGUGAAUGAGUUACCGAAUGACUGUUUGAGAAUUUAAAUAAAAAAGGGAAAGCAGCAAUUUACCAUUCUAAAGAAUCUAACGUCAAAGUUAGAUUGCGGUACGAUGCAGAAAAAGGCCAAGUGGUUAGUGGUGGGCCGAUUGAUUGAUAGAAUCGAUGUAAAGGAAACAUACAUUCACCUUCUAUGCAUACAAACAAUAAACCAACAAAUGACAACACACAAACGCACACAAGCCACGUUUUGCUUGGCACCUCCAUACUUAAGCCGUUUGUGUAUUAUUUAAAUUAAA